AUGCGCAUGCGGACAUCGGCCGCUGAGAGUGCCGGGCCAGACCGCAGCGUACGCAUGGCGCCCUCGACGCUUGACCUGCUGGUGGUCACCUUCAACUGCGCCAAGACGCUCGUCGACGGCGGCGUCUUCGCCAGGCACCUGCAGUCGGCCUUUGGCCAGAACGCAACGGCACUCCCCGAUCUCGUUGUCCUGUCCCUGCAGGAAAUCGCACCGCUGAGCCAGGCCUUCAUCGGCGAUUACUUCCUCAGCCCCUACUUUGCUCGAUUCGACGAGGCAGUCAACCUCGCCGCCUGGUGGCACGACGACGACGAUGCUUCGGUGACGUCGACGGACGUGGCGAGGGCGAAAAGGCGGUACACGCUCGUCAAGGGCCACAACGUGGGCUACACGGCCAUCCUGCUCUUCGCCCGCGAUGCCGCUCGCGUGCGGAAGCUGCAGGAGGCAGAGGUCGGCUUCGGCGCCGCCGAGAUGGGCAACAAGGGCGCCGUAGGAUUGCGGGUGCUGUACGACGCCGCCGAGGCCGCCGAGGCCGUCGGCGGAGAGCGGUCGACGGAGCUCACGUUUGUGGCGACGCACCUGGCGGCCAUGGAGUGGAAUCUCGCACGACGCAACGCCAACUGGGCGGCCAUCAUGCGCGGCCUGACGUUUGGGAAUCCCGAGGAGGCCGUGGAGCAGAUGGGCGGCCAGGACGGGUCGCCGUCGGCUGCCGUCGCGGCCGACCCAGCUGACGGCACCUCGGGGGAGCGUCGAGGUCUGCUUCACGAAGAGCACGACGAGCAGCGCGCCCGGCUGCAGCGCCGGCUCCACGACAUGUCCGUCUUCAAACCGUCGUCGCACCUCUUUGUCGCCGGCGACCUCAACUACCGCAUCUCGACGACGUCGCCGCCUCCCGGCGCGGCCUUUCCGAGUCUCGACCCAGCCUCGGAGCACUACUACCCAACAUUCUUCCCCCUCGACCAGCUCACGCGCGAGCGGACGGCCGGGAGGACGCUCCACGGGCUGACGGAGCAUGCCGUGCGCUUCCCGCCGACGUACAAGUACGACGUGCAGCCGGCCACGCGGCAGCCGGAGACCGAGGUGCCGUGGACGUUUGCGCCGCACCGAUACCCGGCCUGGACCGACCGGGUGCUCUACCUCGACCUGCCGUCGUGGGUCCGUGGGAGGGAGGAGGAGCCGCCGGAGGAGGAGCCGGAGGAGGAGGAGCCGGAGGACGGGCACGAGCGUCGAUGCAUCGACGUUCGCGCGUACGACGCCUUUCCCGUCAUGCGCACGAGCGACCACCGCGCCGUAUUCCUACGGGCCACCGUACCGCUCGUCCCUCCCGACCAGCUCGCGCCCCCUGCUCCGACGCCGUCGUCGUCGUCCUCUUCCUCCUCGUCGCGACGGCAAGGCAGCGACGCCGAUGCCUCGACCGACCCUCGCGUUCGUCUGCCAGUCGAGAUUGACCCCGAGGCCUGGGCUCGGCGCAAGGCGGCCCGACGCAAGGAGCAGCUCGUCGGCUGGAGCAUGUUCCUCUGGAGCACGCGGGAAGGCGCCUGGAUCCUGGCGACACUGCUCGCCGCCGGGCUCGGUGCGUACUUGUUCUGCGGUGCGGCCGCGUAG